AUGUCAGUAUGUAAGAGACUUUGACUGGGUUUCUCUUGUUUACCUUUUUCAGUUCCAACAUGGGAUUGACUACUAACAGAUGCUCAAGUUGGGGAAAUUGGCGCACUACUCCGUCGAUCUCGUGCUCAUAUCGAUCAUUCUAGCCGGGAUCCACCGUAAUACCGGUUUGCAAUUCGACGUGUCGCAUUUCAGCAGCAUCGAUUUCCGCCGUUGGUUUGGCAACUACUUGGCCUUUGGUGAGGUUUGCUACGACAAAGUCGUCAGUUUCUUGAGGAUGACGGGCUAUUUCAAGCAGAGAAACUUGGUGUUGGACCAAUUGCAGGACCAAGCUGCGCAGUACUUGAAGCAGCUGACUGGCCGUGACAUCGGCGAUUUUCCGAAAAAGUGA